CUUUCUUUCCACGAUUCAAUCAUCCAUCGCUUCGAUGCUCAGACGAAUAGCUACAAGGGCAUCGUCGAGCAAGAGCGCUCAGCAUCUACCCCAUCGCUGCCCUCUGACUCACUGUCCUCUUCGUCCGCACCAGCAUCAUGUCUCGCCCCCUACUCAGGCUCUCCAGCACCGCUUUCUGACCUCUUCCUCCUCUCACACCAAGCAAUUUCAAUCUCGUCGAGGUCGCACCCACUCUCCUCGCCGUAAGCCCAUUUCAGCAUGGCGCUCCCGCGAGAAGCUUCUGCGCUCCGAGCUCACCGACCUAGAACGCAAAUUGGACCGCGUCGACAAGCGUGAAGCGGCGAGCGAGGCGGCAAAGGACCUGCCCGAAUUGGAUGACGAGGCCCUCGAUGAGGUGUACAGGGGGCUGGAAGCGCCCGAGGAAUUGAGUAGAGAGGACAGGAGGCUUUUGGAGAGCGGUCAGCGAAAGGUCAUGGAGAGAAGGGCGAGGGUCAUGAGACUCGUGCGGGGUCAAGGCGCAGCAUUGAAUGCGCCGGAUGCGCAUCACCUCGAGGGCAGGGCUGGCAAGUCGCACGAGGCUGACAAUGUCGCAGAGGAGUCCUCCGCAGACAAUCUCGCCGCUCCUCUAUCCUUCUUCGAGCGCAUUCAACAGCGCCUAGACCGACUCGCUGCCCGCCUGUCAGACGUAGAGACGAAGCUGCACCAGGAGGGCAGUCCAUCAACAUCUCAGGCGGGCGAGCUCAUCAGUGAGAUCAAGGACGACGUUGAGGCCGUGCGAUACAAGGCACAUACAUUGCAAAGCCAGCAGAGCGAGGCGAAUCACGAUGCGGUAGAGGAGGAGGGAGGACACGAGCAGUUUGAAACGAUUCAUUUUGAUGAGGAGCACAAGGCACCCAAGGCAGCAGUCUGUGACAGCAUGGAAGAGGCUGCGCAAGAAGCAACUUCGUCGAUCCUCGUCAAGAAGCUGGAGGAGCUCGUUCAUUCCGCGGAGGCGGCACAAGACAACGAUCUGAUAGCUUCUAUACAACCUCGCGACUGGUCAGCUCUGGGCACUACUCUGGUUCUCCGUGGCCAGCAAGACUCGCUCAUCAAGGCAUUCAACCUCCUCUCCCAUCUCUCGUCCUCUGGCUCAAUUGAACCCAACUCCCUCGUAUCCUUUCACGAAUCAGUCGCAGACGCCAUAGCUUCAUACGGUGACUCUGCUCGUUGCGAGGCGGUACUGGCCCGGAUGGAGGACCUGGCCCUCACUCCUACACCCUACGCCUACCAUGCUCUCGCGAAAGCAUAUCUACGCGACCCAGCUAAAGGACUGUCUUCGGCGCUGGCGCUCAUCGACCAUAUAGAAAAUUCAACUACAGUCAGCGCUCCUCCCUCUCAGGCUACGUACUCAUUGAUUCUUUCAGCCCUACUAGACGAGCCCAACUUCGAAGUCAAGGAUGAAGCCUGGGGCCUCUGGUAUCGCAUGCGUCUCAACGCGCACCCCGUUCCCGACGCCGUCGUAUGGAGCAACAUGCUUCGCGCCUGCGCGUUGGGCUCGACUCCGUCCAGACACGCAGAGCUGGGUAUGGAGGAGGGACAUCGCGGCUCGCAGAAGGGAAAAGUCUCCCCCUCUGCCCUUCUUGCUUCACUUCGCAAGAAGGCUGGCCAGGCAGAGGCGGAUGUUGCACUGGACCUCUUCCGUGAGAUGACAAUUGUUCACGGUAUUCGCCCUACGCCCGCGUGCUACGAUCAUCUCAUCCUCGCACUCUGCCGUGGUCCAGGGGGCAGGUACCUGGAAGGAUUCAGGCUGUUGAGCGAGCGUAUCACCCUUGCGAGAGAAGCGGCAGGUGGGGACAGCGAGGUGGCAAUGAGUAGCUAUGAGCCAUCCCGCCUUACAUUCAAUGCUCUGCUCGAAGGGUGCAGGAGACAUGCAGACGUGCUCAGGGCCAGAUGGGUGCUAGCUGAGAUGAUCAGGAGCUCGGCCCCCUUGUGGGCUACACCAGCUGGUGAGAGGGAGACGAGAGGGAUGGGAUGGAGGGAGAGGGCGAAGAUGGAGUUGCGGAUGCCGGAUGCCGAGUCGCUGGGUAAGCUUUUCCUCACGUAUGCUGCGUGGACGCCUACGACUGAGCAUCUAGUGACGAAGAAAGGCUCCAGCGAGGACAAUGUCACGGAGAGGGCGAGGCACGAGGCACGCGGACGUACUCACAGCGGGUCUGCACAAGAAGUCGCGGCCCCACCUCAGUCCACCACGCCACCGCCCAACAACAUCGAGCUCUCCCAGCCUGCAAUGGACGAAGCGGCCUCCGAGUUCUCAUCCGCCCCUCCAACAACAUCAGCCGAUGUCGUCCGUGAGAUCCGCGGUCUCCUUGCACGCGCGAUCGCCGACCACUCGCCGCAGUCUUCAGAUGACGAGUCGUCAUCCUUCCCAACAGGACCCCUCUCCUGUGUGACCAUCUCCACUCGACUACUCAAUUCGUACGUCACGGCCCUCGCUGCGCACACGCCACGAGGCCAGAGGGCAGAUGCGAUCAGCGCUGCCGUCAGGGGCGAACAGUCUCUCUUCACCAGGCUGGGAUGUAAGCCAAACGGCCGCACCUUCCUCAUCGCACUCCAAGCAUGCUUCACCUCCGCCUCGGCGGACGGUCGCUCCACAUUGGCGGCGAGCGAGGUAAACGCCCUCUCUUCCUGGGCCUGGUCAGGCUGGCGUGACAUCGAGGGAUCAGGCGCUCCUCCCUCCCAGCUCCUUCCUCAUCGCGAAGCAAACAAGGACGCGGGGCUGGAUCGACGCACCCGCGAGCUCAUCUGGGGCGAGCGUAUUCGCCUCCUUGCCAAACAGGGGAGAUUGGAUGAAGCACUGCAGACUUUGCGCGAGUUCACCAGCUUGUACCCGCCGAGGCCAAGGGGCAAGGUGAUGGGCGAAGGAAGGCAGACGCCUGUCUUUUCGGCAGAGAAGGACGGGCCGGUCAGAGAGGGGAGGAGAAGGCCUUUCUUUGAUUUCGAUGCUGUACGGAGCACAUUGCAAAGGCUCGAGGAGGGGAGAAGGACCGUCGGAGGCCAGCUUCAGCUGUCUGUGGAUGAUCAAGGGUCGGAGGACCUGCUUGAUGGACCAGAUGCGCAAACAGGGCAGGCGGCCAUUGACACCGAGAAGUCCACGUCGCUUGCGUCCUCUUCUCCUGCCACACCCAUUACCGCUCGCCGCAAGCCCCCCGCCCUCUGGCAAGACAUGCAGGGUCGCCCCACCUCACAGCCUCCCUCUCUCUCGUUCUACGAGCUCAAUCUCCUGCACCAACGUCUUCUAGAGGCAACGGAACGACCGACACGCGAGCAGGACAUCGGAUUUGUCGGGUGGCUGUGCAGGACUUGGGAGAGUGUGGAGAAGGGCCCGAAGCGAAGAAGGGACAGAAAGGAGAGCGGGAAGGCGAGCGGUGUGAUGAGGAGGUCGGAGGAGGAUGAGAGGGAACAAGGUGAGGCGGAAUGGUUUGGCGAAGGUGAGGGGGAAGGGCAGGUGUGGAGCGAGUCGAUCGAUGAGGGGAGUGUCUCGUCACCAGCCGAUCGUAUGCAGACCAGGGCGACUGGAUGAGGAUCUAUCCUCGCUGCCAGCAAUACUACCACUUCUUCAGUAUC